AUGACACAAUGUGUUUCGGCUCAUAAACUGAUUGAACAAAGUAAUCGAAAAACUAAAAUGCCGACUUCGCCCGUGGCAUUAUUCGAUAAUUAUUGUGAAAAUUUGUUACGUAAAAUAAAUUACAAAAUGAAUGGUAUUAAUAUUCAAGUUAAUUUAAAACAAGCAUUAUCAAAACAACAUCAACAACCGGCAAACAAACAAACACCACGGAUAAUGUUUUUUGGUGCUGAUGUAAUACAUCCAACUAAUUGCACUGAACGUUUUCCGAGCAUUGCAGCUUUGGUCGGUUCUGAUGAUCAAUUAUGUACUAUGUCAGCCAGUCGUAUUUGUAAACAAUGGCCAGACGAUGGCAAAUGUUCAAUUGAAUGUAUUGUUCGUCUUGAAGAUAUCGUAGAAGAGUUGUUAGAUUAUAAUUGUCAAUUGAAUCAGGGCCAAUUGCCAACUCAAAUUGUAUUUUUCCGCGAUGGUGUGGAUGAUGGUCAAUAUUCGAAAGUUAUUAACUUUGAAAUACCGGUCAUCAAAAAUGCAUUUAAGGCUGCUUAUGCUAACGAAAAGUUUACACCGUUAUUAACCCUUUUUGUUGUUAAAAAACGUCAUCACACCCGAUUUUUUAUGUGUGAUGAACGAUCCCAGCAAACCAGUAAUAUUCCAAUUGGGGCUUGUAUUGAUACCACUAUUGUUCAUCCAUAUCAACCGACCUAUUAUCUUAAUUCACACCAAGUUCAAACAGAUGUGAAUCAUACAUUACUGUAUGUUUGUUUAUUAAAUGAAAUUGGUUUAUCGAUUGAUGAAUUACAACUGCUAACACAUUAUCUUUGUUUCACUGAUCCACGAUCAUCAGCCGCUAAAGCCAUUCCAUCUGUUGUUCAUCAAGCUGAUUUGGCUGCGCUGAAAGCACGGGAUUUAUUUGUCGAUAAUAAUAAUAAUAAUGAAAGAUCAACAGUCAGUAGUGGUGGUAAUGAUAAAUACUAUAUUUCACUGGAAAAUCCAACUAUUCAAAAUAUUACGUGUCCAUGA